AAUCAGUUGCUUUUCGUCAGUCAUUUAAGUUGGUUGUGUCUCUAGAUAUACUUACCUACCAAUCGUUCGGAAUUCAUUGUUUUUAUUUCAUAUUGUGAAACACGAUCGUGAUAAAAUUUAUUUCACAAACAAAAUUAAAUUUAAGUGAACUUGUGUUUCGAAAAAGAUACCAAUUAGAAACGACUCAAGUGAAGUUUUUUUUUUUGAAAAGUGAAACUGAAUUUUGAAUAAAAGAAAAAAAUAAAUAUUUUGUAUCCAAGUGACAAACUUAAAUAGUUACAAAAUGGUUCGAAGUCUUGCACAGUGGACCAAAACUCUUAGUUUUCCCUCACGUCUCUCGCCAAAUCGCAAUUCGAAAGAUUGCAGCGGCACAAAUUUAAACCAGGUGAGCCCGGUGCCACCGCCAACACCCCCAAGGAAUAAUAAACUCACAAAUUCAACAUCGUCAUCAUCAUCAUCUCCCUCACCACCGCCAACAAAUCAUCAUAAUAAACCAAUUACGGAAUUAACACAAAUUAUCUAUCCGGGACCAGAUGCUGAAAAAGCCAUAAUGGGUUCUCUAGUAUUUUGUAUUCACCACAAACAAGGUUGCAAGUGGUCGGAUGAACUAAGGAAACUAAAGGGACAUUUAAACACCUGCAAGCAUGACGCCACCCAAUGCCCAAACAAGUGUGGCGCCCAGAUUCCCCGCAUCAUGAUGACAGAUCAUCUGCAAUUCACAUGCACCCAACGUCGAGCCAAAUGCGAAUUCUGUCACACAGAGUUCAGUGGUCAAGGAUUGGAAGAGCAUGCUGGCACCUGCAGCCAAGAGCAAAUAUAUUGUGAAGCCAAAUGUGGGAUGCGCGUGCAACGCGGCCGAAUGAACAUUCACAAGGCUAAGGAUUGCAUAAAACGUCUGCGUCGUUGUCCCCAUUGCACGAGGGAAUUUUCUGCUGAUACAUUGGCCCUGCAUGGAGCUCAAUGUCCACGUGCCCCCAUCACCUGUCCGCAGAGAUGUGAAGUGGGACCGAUUGCCCGUGGAGAUAUGGAAGGGCAUUUGAGGGACGAAUGCAAGGCUCUGGCUAUAUUUUGUACAUUCAGAGAGGCUGGUUGUCGUUUCAAGGGCCCCAGACAUCUGCUCGAAUCGCAUUUGGAAGCGAAUGCCGCAUCACAUUUGUCUCUAAUGGUGGCCUUGUCUUCGCGCCAAGGACAGCAAAUUCAAAUGCUCAAGUCGGCCGUUGCCAAGCUCUCCACAAACUACACAGGAACGCUUCUGUGGAAGAUCACAGACUGGUCGGCAAAAAUGGCUGAAGCUCGAGGAAAGGAUGGUCUCGAGUUAGUCUCACCACCAUUCUUCACAAGUCAAUAUGGCUACAAGUUGCAAGCUUCGAUGUUCCUCAAUGGCAACGGACCUGGCGAGGGCACACACGUCUCAGUCUACAUCAAGGUUUUACCCGGUGAAUAUGAUGCUCUUCUAAAGUGGCCUUUCGGACACUCGAUCACAUUUACGCUCUUUGAGCAAGGGGCUCACAGCGGCCAGGGUGGUGUAGCCGAGUCAUUCAUACCCGAUCCAACUUGGGAGAAUUUCCAGCGACCUUCAACCGAAGUCGACCAACUCGGCUUUGGAUUCCCCCGAUUCAUCUCCCACGACUUGCUCCACCGAAGACCAUUCAUCAAAGAAGACACCGUAUUCCUACGGGUUAAGGUGGAUCCUAGCAAAAUUGUUGCCGUUUAAAGAGAGAAUAAUUUUAUAUUAUAAGAAUUUAGAUUAAGAAGUUUCCCCCUAAAAACGCCCACCAGAGUUCUUCAUAUGUAAAUACUGUGUAUUUUUUCGAACUUGAGCUCAUUGUAAAUAAUUUAGAAAAACAAGUUAAAGCUUAAAAAAUAAGCUCUUCGGUCGAGUAGACAAAAGUCAGCUACUUUUCGCACUGUUAAGAGUUUAUAAUAGAUAGAUGAUAGUUUCGAUCAACGAGACAACUCAGGGGUUCAUUUAAGGACCUGAACUGUUUUUUUUUUUUAAUUUUAAUCAAUUUUCUUAAAUAAAUGAUAUUUUUGAAUGAAAGAAAUUAAAUAGAAUAAAAGUUUUCAAACAAAAUUCCUCUACUGCUGGAGAUAAACCAAAGUAUAUAAACAAAAGAAAAGAAAAUUAAUCAAAGACGGUGCAUUUUGUUCUUCUCUUUUUCGUUCUCAAUCUUUGUAUAAAUUUUAAAAAAUUAAAUGAAAAGAGAAGCGCACUCGCAUUCAAUUUUUCGAAUUUGUUUUUAACUUUUUUUUAAAGUAAGUGUAUAUUGUUUCCUUUUUUUUAAUUUGUUCAAAAAAUGAAAAAUUAAAUUUUAUUAUUUAUAAAGAGAAAAAAAACAACAAAAUAUUCAAAAUGUAAAUAAAUAUUGUCAAGAAUAUGAAUGAUGAAGAUGAAUGUUAAAAAAGCAACGAUUAAUAAAAAUGUGUUUCAAAUAUUUUCUCGGUACACUUCGUGUGCGGAAAUUAUCUUUGUAGUCAUUAGUUUUAUAAGUUUUAUCUUUAUAUUUUUAGAAACAAAAAAUGAUCUUUAUUUUGUCGUUAUAUUAAAAAAGAAACAAAGAAAUAACAACGCAAACAUUCAUUUUAAAUGUAUUUUAUCAAUAAAUAAAAAGAAAAGAAAAAAUAUUAAAAUAGUCUUAGACUUAGAAAUAUUAUGGUUAAAUGCAUAAGAAUUUUAUAAAUAAUGAAAAUAAACGUAUCAUGUCAUAAGGAUA